CUUUGUCCUCCAGGCUCCCCAGGGGCACUGGGCCUGCGGGCCUGGUUGCUAGGCGGAAGCAGGGCGCGGCGGCGGCCGCUGCGGCUGCCCGGGCGUUUGAAAAGCGGCUACGCAGGCGGCAAAAGACCCCGCCACCGGGCCGCCGACCGCGGCGACCAUGGUCUCCAAGUCCGACCAACUGCUCAUCGUCGUGUCCAUCCUAGAAGGUCGCCAUUUCCCCAAACGUCCAAAGCAUAUGCUUGUAGUAGAAGCAAAGUUUGAUGGAGAACAGUUGGCUACUGAUCCUGUGAACCAUACUGACCAGCCAGAAUUUGCUACUGAGUUAGCCUGGGAAAUUGACAGGAAAGCGCUUCAUCAGCACAGGCUACAGCGUACUCCUAUAAAACUCCAGUGUUUUGCCUUAGAUCCUUUAUCUUCAGCCAAGGAAACUAUAGGUUACAUUGUUUUGGACCUAAGAACUGCUCAAGAAACAAAACAGGCACCGAAAUGGUACCAGUUGCUGAGUAAUAAAUACACCAAGUUCAAGUCUGAGAUACAGAUAAGCAUUGCUUUGGAAACAGACACAAAGGCACCAGUGGAUAGUUUUAAAGCGAAAGGGGCCCCCCCUCGAGAUGGAAAAGUACCUGCCAGCCUGUCUGGACUUGACCCCAGGGACAUUGUGGCCGUGCUGAACGAGGAGGGAGGCUACCAUCAGAUUGGACCAGCCGAGUGUUGUACUGACUCCUUCAUUAUGUCAGUUACCAUCGCAUUUGCCACCCAGUUGGAGCAGUUAAUUCCCUGUACUAUGAAACUUCCAGAAAGACAGCCUGAAUUUUUCUUUUACUACUCUUUACUGGGAAAUGAUGUUACAAAUGAACCAUUCAAUGAUUUGAUCAACCCAAACUUUGAGCCAGAAAGAGCUUCUGUCCGCAUACGUAGCAAUGUAGAAGUUCUUCGUGUUUACCUGGCUCUUCAGUCUAAACUACAGAUCCAUCUCUGCUGUGGAGACCAGUCACUUGGGAGUACAGAAGUACCUUUAACUGGAUUACUGAAAAAGGGCAGUACAGAGAUCAACCACCACCCAGUCACGGUCGAGGGUGCUUUUACCCUGGACCCUCCAAACAGAGCCAAACAAAAGCUUGCACCUAUUCCUGUGGAGCUGGCCCCGACUGUGGGAGUGUCUGUGGCUCUGCAGAGGGAAGGCAUAGAUUCCCAGUCUUUAAUUGAAUUAAAGACCCAGAAUGAACAUGAGACAGAGAAUUCAAAGAAGAGAGUUUUAACUCCCAUAAAGGAGAAGACAAUUACUGAGCCAAAAUCACCAAGCAUGUCCCCUGUUCCGCCUCACAACCAGUCACCUCCAACAAAAGAUGAUGCCACAGAAAGUGAAGUGGAAAGCUUACAGUAUGAUAAGGACGCCAAACAGAAUCCAAAAGCCAAUUCUUCCGUACCUGCUUCACUGGCCCAGCCAGUGACUACAUCCCAUGUUUCACAAACAGCUUCAGGACAGAAGAUUGCUGUUCCAGCAACGUCGCAUCAUUUUUGCUUUUCAAUAGACUUAAGAAGUAUCCAUACCUUGGAAAUUGGUUUUCCAAUCAAUUGUAUAUUAAGGUAUUCAUAUCCAUUCUUUGGAAGUGCAGCUCCUAUUAUGACUAAUCCUCCGGUAGAAGUUCGGAAAAACAUGGAGGUUUUUCUUCCCCAGUCUUACUGUGCAUUUGAUUUUGCAACUAUGCCACAUCAGCUGCAAGAUACCUUCUUAAGGAUUCCCUUGCUGGUUGAAUUGUGGCAUAAGGAUAAAAUGAGUAAAGAUUUACUUCUGGGAAUUGCGAGAAUCCAGCUUUCUAACAUCUUGUCUUCAGAAAAAACUCGUUUUUUAGGUUCUAAUGGUGAACAGUGUUGGCGUCAAACUUACAGUGAAAGUGUGCCUGUGAUAGCAGCACAAGGAUCAAAUAACAGGAUAGUAAAUCUUUCUUACACAAUGACACUAGAAGAUUAUGGACUGGUAAAAAUGCGUGAGAUCUUUGUCUCUGAUUCUUCUCAGAGUGUACCUGCUGUACAAGAGAAGCCAGCUUCUCUUCCCCCAGCACCUUGUCCUUCAGAGAUCCAGACAGAGCCUCGGGAAACUUUAGAAUACAAAGCAGCACUUGAACUGGAAAUGUGGAAGGAGAUGCAAGAAGACAUUUUUGAAAAUCAGCUAAAGCAGAAAGAACUGGCUCAUAUGCAGGCUCUUGCAGAGGAAUGGAAGAAAAGGGACCGAGAAAGAGAAUCACUAGUAAAGAAAAAGGUGGCUGAAUAUACUGUUCUAGAAGGAAAACUUCAAAAAACCCUAAUCGACUUAGAGAAGCGAGAGCAGCAGCUUGCUAGUGCAGAAUCAGAGCUUCAAAGAGAUAGAAAGGAACUGCAAUCAGAACGUGAACGAAACAUGCAAGAACUUCAGGAUUCUAAGCGUCGAGCCAAGGAAGACUGUGUUCACCAAGUAGAGCUAGAAAGGUUGAAGAUGAAGCAGCUUGAAGAAGAUAAACACCGACUUCAGCAGCAGCUUACUGAUGCUGAAAAUAAGUAUAAAAUUUUGGAAAAAGAAUUUCAGCAGUUCAAGGAUCAGCAAAGCAAUAAACCAGAAAUCCGUCUACAAUCUGAAAUAAAUCUUCUCACCUUGGAAAAGGUUGAACUUGAAAGAAAGUUGGAAUCUGCAACUAAGUCUAAACUGCAUUACAAACAGCAGUGGGGACGAGCUUUGAAAGAACUUGCCAGACUUAAACAGAGGGAGCAAGAAAGUCAAAUGGCUCGUCUUAAAAAACAGCAGGAGGAAUUGGAACAGAUGAGACUGCGUUACCUGGCUGCUGAGGAAAAAGAUGCGGUAAAAACUGAGCGACAAGAAUUAUUGGAUAUAAGAAACGAAUUGAACAGGUUAAGGCAACAAGAACAAAAACAGGGCCAGGAUUCCAGAGAGAUAGCAAGUGGGAAAAUGGAUGGCCCACAGAGUAAUGCAUUGGAAGAAGGUCUGGAUGAUUAUUUGACUCGCCUCAUAGAAGAGAGGGACACGUUGAUGAGAACGGGUGUGUACAAUCACGAGGAUCGGAUAAUAAGUGAACUUGACCGACAGAUAAGAGAGAUUCUGGCAAAAAACAAUGCCAGUAAUUAAUAACAUUUGGAACAUCUUUAUAGAGACUCCAGGUCUGAAUUUUAGUUUCAUUGUAAAACCCUUAAAAGUGAAGAAAAUUGAUGUUUUAAAAUGCUAUUUUCGGGUUUUUUAAGCAAAAUUUUAUAUAUUAUUGUAUAGUAUUUAUUUGAUUGUAUUUACUUUGUGCUACCUCUCAUGCUGGUUUUAUUUGUCAUAUACAUUUUCUACUCAUUUUAAAUGACUUGUCAGUGUUUCUUGUAGUUUAUAAUCUGAUGGCUAACUUCCAAAACAGCUUUUCACAAGUUUGUUGUAGGAGAAAUGACUGCAGUAAUUUUCAGUUAUUUAAUUUUUCAUGUUGAGCCGAAAGAGUAUAUGUUACACUUUAAAAAAUGCUGUGUCCUAAUUCCAUUUGAAUGUAGAUAUCUUAAAAGUUGAUGCCAAUUUUAAAUGUAACCAGUUUAACUCAUUUGAGACAACCUAUCCUUUUUCUUUAACUUGUAAUGUGUGCAAAUGACAACCUUGAAAAUAAAGCAGGAUCAAUGCAGAGAAGCCAUAUGACAUAUUGAGUGGCAAAUUAGUCAUUUAUUUAAAUAAAGUUAAUACAGAUGAAA